GUUCGACAGCACAUGCGAGUGAGCUUGGCGAAUGCCGGUGAGUUGGCACAUAUUGCUAAACUGUACUGAAUCGCUUCAGCCCUUACCUGCAUCGCAUCAGUCCACCUGCCAUCUACGUAUCACCUUAGCAAGCUCCCAUGCAAUCUCGUGCUCAACAAUAUGAGACCCCCCUCCCAGCUCAAUCGGCUAAAUGCUGCACCCUUAGCGUGACUUCCACAAUAGAGCGGUGGCCUGAGUUUUCACUAGCUACAGUCGCUCCUUCCUUCCUUGAUGCGGGACAUGCAGAUCCUGCAUUCAUUCGAAGCUCCAAAAGUCCAUCAACAUCGUUCGGUCACCUGAAGGAGGAUCUGCAACGCACAAUGGAUGCACGGCGCGAAACAGAUAUACUUCACUUGGAGCUUGUCGCAUGUAUCGAAGAGCUGCCGGACGGUGUCAAGGAGAUUGUCGUGCGGUUGCCAAAGGCCGUCAAGGCAGAAAGACAGCAGUAUAACGCUAUCCAGCAAAGGCAUGAUGCCGAGCGCGAAACUGAUAAGCUUAACUUGAAACUAAUCGCACGUUACGAGAAGCUGCCUCACGGGGCCAAGGAGUUUGGCUUGCAGUUACCGCGCGUCAUCGAGGCAGAGAGGGAGCAGCGUGACGCUUGCCAGCCUAAGCAUUGUGCUGGGCCGCUCCAGUUACAAAAUGCAGAGGAGAUAUCAGCGUCGACCGGCCAGACACUGGGCCACGAAAGGCGCGCCUGGGAGGCAGAUCAGCAAGCACUGCAGGCUGUAUCCCAUCUAGGGACCAUCGUCCAUAAGCUCAAGGCAGCCCAGCAAAGCCUUGACUCCGAGUGGCAGCGGCUUGCAGUCGACAGGCAAGCACUCAAAGAACAGCGAGAUGCAGCAAACGAGCAAUUUGCCGAAAUCGAGAGACAGAAAAUGGAGGCCGAGAACCGCGAUCCAAAUUCCAGGACGCAGUCGCGUGUAGUCGGCACGCAUGCCAUGCCAUUUCAAGAAGUUCUGGAGAGAGAAAUGAUGGCUGGUGGAAGAAUGCAGCACUCCCAAUCCAUCACCUUCCAGGAAUGUUAUCGAGGUCACAGCUUCGAAGAGCUCAGGGUUGAGGACUACGCUCAAGGCAGGCGGUUCGACAACAGGAACGCACAAGGGUGUGUCUUCAGCAAGACUGCGGCGUCCGUCCCCGAGGCUUCUUGCCCUCAGGCACUAGUCAGCGCCAACCAGCCUGUGCAGACAUCCCAGUCGGUUCUCGAAAGCUACGCUUCUCAGUUCCCAACAGUCAGCGGCUCGCCAGUGCAAAGUCCUAGCCCGGACUCCAGCAAGCGUCCGCUCCCGGAUUCAGCGGAUCAAGCGGACAAAGCGCCAAAGCAGCUCAAGGUCGAUGUGAAUACGUCCUGGCCCAAUCUAACCUGCAGCAACUGCCACAAAACCCACGUGAAGUGCAGCGCAGAAGCGACAUGCCAGCACUGCCGCCAAGCUUCGGCGUCAAAAUCAUGCUCCUACCGAAGAUGUCGUAAGGGUAUCGAAUGCACGAACAGGCAGUGUACAAUGUUCCAUCCCAGCCAGGUCUUAGAUGCGAAGGGACAGCCCCGAGUGGCGUCAGCGUUUUUAGGAGUUACAACAUCAGCCUCGCUUGACUGAGCAGUCGGAAGCAUGUGGAGCUGUAAUAGUCGGCGGUGAGUGCCAUGGAGAGAAACUUUCCUGGGCGUUUUGUACACUGCACAGCGCUCGCUCCACCACCGAAGUUGUUUUGUGUCUCGAUCGGCCGGUACAGCAACUUGUCGAACGACACGCCGAGCGGGAGCCUAUUAGCAAGGAUUGAAGACCCACAGCAGCGUACAGCAUUGUCAAAGGUUGCUUCUAGUGCGUCCUGUCUGAGAUGAUUACUUAGGCACCGUUUACCAGUGCCAACGUAUCAGGUUGCCAGCACAAUGGAACUG